AGUCAGGAUGUGACCUCAUAAAGAGCGACCCGCGGGUUCUUCUUCCUUUCUCGUCGAAAACAACAACAAUGGCUGCUCAGAAGUCUGUGCCGUGGUCAAACUCUGAGGUGGAGACCUUUUUGAACCUGGUGGCGGAGGAUAGGAUCCAGAAGGAGCUGGACGGGGCCACGAGGAACGAGAAAGUAUAUCUCCAGCUUUCUCAGUUGAUGUCUGAACGCGGCUACAACAGAACUCUCCAGCAGUGCCGCGACAAACUGAAGAAGCUGAAGAGCGACUAUCGUGCGGUGAAAGACCACAAUGGCCGUAGUGGGGCUUCCAGGAAAAACUGGAAGUGGCUGACCCAGAUGGACGACAUCUAUGGGCAGCGACCGUCGAGCAACGGGAGAGAGAGCGGUCUGGACUCCGCUACGGUCCACAUCGAGACUUUAAACAAGGACGACAUCUCCCAGAGCGAGUUGGUGUCUUUCACCCCCUCGGCCUCCUGCUCUUCAACACCAGCACGUCCGACAUCCCCAACAACAUCACAUGCGGUGGCCGUUUGUCCACCACGUGUAACAGCUGGGGUGGCAGCACUACGCUUCCGUAGAAUUGGGCUGUCCUCAAAUUCAACAGGGGAUGUUACACUGUUAUGA